AUGGCAGAAGAAGAGGAUUUUACUAAACUAGGAUUAAGACAACGGCUUGCGCACAAGUCAUGGAAAGCCAGGCAGCAUGGGUAUCAGGAGUUGGAGGGGAUGUUUUCAAGGUGUUCGUUAAUGAAUAUUCCGGGGGAGGUAUCUAUUUAUUGGCAGGAUGCAGAUUUGUUUUCUAGGUUUAUUGUUGAUUCUAAUGUUGUGGCGCAGGAGAGUGCGAUGGCGGCAUUGCAUAAGUUAUUGGAUUUUAUGUCUCAGAUGUCAGAGGGGUUGCCGGAGACUAGUUAUUUGCGGGGCCAGUUAAUUCCUGCUCUUGUGGAGAAGGGGAUUAGUUCAUCACGACAGGGGACCAAGGGCAAGGCAUUAGAGUGUAUUCUUAUGUUGGUAUCUUUUGAUAGUAGCAUUCGGGAGUCGAUGGAGUUGAUGUUACCGUUUUCAUCUAAUAAGCUGCCGAGGUUAGUUAGCAGUUUGAUGAAUGCUAUGGCUCGGAUUGUGGAGUCUUUUGGGUUUGUGAAUGUUAAGAAUGAUUUUUGGCCCCAGGUUCUCGAACCGUUACCUAGAUUAGCGGGGCAUGCCGAUAAAUCUGUGCGUUCUGAAACGAUGAACUUUAUAUUGGAGAUCUACAAGUGGACUGGGAAGCCAUUUUUACAAGAUUUAUUGUUAGAAAAAUUGAAACCAAUCCAGCAAAAGGAUUUGGACAAGGUUUUUUCCAAGUAUGAUGGUACAAUCCCGCCAUCGGCACAACCAAGGUUAUUUCAUUGGCAGUUGUUGCAGCAGCAAAGGCAAGCGGAAGCAGCAGCAAUGGCUGCUUUGUCUGGAACGGACAAUGAAGGUGAUACUCUGAUGGGUGAUGGCUUUGUUGGGGGCGGUUCCGCCACUCUGGGUGGGAGAACACGAGUAGGCGGUGGCGGCAGUGUCAACGGUAGUAUCGGAUCUAGAGCCGUCGAAGGUGGAAAUGACGUGGUUUCUGCACUUGCAGAUCCCUUUGACUUGUUACCUACUUCGACCAUGAUGAAAAAUUUCCCGCCUGAUUUUGAAAAACAAAUAAAAUCUGUUAAAUGGAAAGAUCGUGUUGAUACUUUACAGCAGGUUUAUGAUGAAGUUUUGAAACCUAUCAAAAAACUUGACCCUUCAGAAGAUUGUUCCUUCUAUAUCCGUGCAUUGUCACAAAUCCUUGUUAAGGAUGCAAAUUUACAAGCCGCGACUAUUGCAGCCAAUUCUGUUACUCACUUGGCAACUGUGUUACGUGAAGGCAUUGCUCCCCAUGGCCAUAUAAUUUUAGAAUCUCUUUUAGAAAGAACAAAAGAGAAGAAACCUUCUGUAAACGAGGCUGUCGUGGAAGCACUAGAUAUUCUUGUCAAAUACUAUGGGGUUGACAACUGUUUAGAAGCAACUGUAGAACAUAUGAAGCAUAAAAUUCCCCAGGUGAGAAUGGAAGCUACCAAGUUCUUCACAAGAAUGUUACAACAACAAUGGAGGCCAACAGCCAACAGGCUAAGGGACGAAAUUAUUAUGAGAAUGAUGCCAGAUAUUGUUCCAGUAAUUGUGAAAAUUGUUAACGAUACCCAGCCAUCACUAAGAGACUCUGGCUUUGAGUGUUUUGCAACGGUGAUGAAGUUACUCGGAGAAAGAGAAUUUAGCGACGAAUUGGAAAAGCUAGGUAGUCUGAAAAAGAAAAAGAUUUAUGAGUAUUUUGAAAAGGUAGAAGUUAGCUCUAAGCCCCUUGCUAUGGUGGCCACGUUGCCUGAAACCUCCAAAUCAUUGCCUCUAGCUCCAGCCCAAACUCAUUCUCAGACUCAUAGUCAUACUCAGAUGCAGACCAAUCAGUCACACAGAUCCAAUACAGUUCCUGCAGUUGUAUCUCCUGCAAACGUUGCAGGCAGGCAACUUGCACACCAGGACUCUCUUCGUCAAUUAAAAUCGCCUGCGGCCUCUGUUAUUCCUACAAAGAGAGGUGCAACUUCUCCAUUGAAGGAUAAAGCGGUAUUGAACAAUGGUGGAUUAAACACAAAACCACGGUUACUUGGCCGUUCACAAUCGCACUCAGGUGUUAAGCCUCCUCAUUUCCCGCCAUCCGCAUCUUUGUCAACCCCACAACUCAAUAAUAACAAUAGUAGUAAUAGUAGUGCAACACAUACGGUAAUACCACCAGCAGUUUUGUCUGAAUUGGAAGACCUAAGAGCCCAUAAAUCAAAGUGGAACAAAGAACGUCAAGAACUAAUGGCCAAAUUGACUAAUUUCCAAACCCAAACCUCGCAAUUGAAUUCCGAGAACCAAACGAUUCAAGAUCAAUUAAAUGAUGUUCAAAUAGCAUUAAAUGAGAAGACCAUGGCUUUACGUUCCAAAGAUUUGCAGAUUACAAAGUUGAAAAACCGGUUAGCCACAUUAGAAAGUGAAUUAGAUGCUGCUUUGAAUGCCAAUAACUCACCUGGCACUCCUGCAAAGUCCGUUUUGGAAGGUAUUCAUGCUAUAUCCCCCUCUCAAGGCCUAAAUGCACAUAGCGGAACUGUAUACGGGGGCAGCAACCACAGUGAUCCCUGCAUCAGCAUUCAAUCAUCACAACAUCAACCUCAGCUCCGUAAAGCUUCCGGAGGAUCAUUCCGGUCAAACGCAGGUUUAACAAGCAGGUUCUCCCCCCUAACAUCUUCAGUAAGGGUAGCUACGUCCAGUGAAUCGAGCGAUGAUUUACCUAGACGCGUUCAUUCUUUGCACAUCAUGGAUACAACAAACGCUGUGGCUGGUAGUACUACCACCAAUGGUAGUACUGCUUCACUUCUAAGUGAAGAAUCUUGGAAGCGCGCUGCUGAAGUUACUAAUCAACUAAAAGCGAGAAUCGAACGCAUGAGAGCCAAGACCAGAGGUUUAAACAUGGAUUUAGAAGACAUCUAA